AGCAAACUGAAACUCAAAAACCAAGAACACACAAGGUGUAAAUAGGGCUACUGAGUCAAACCAGACAGGCAGAAAUAGGGGGAGGGGGCAGUGGCAGAGGAGGAGGAGUUGGAGGAGGAGGAGUAAGGUAAAAUAAAACAUGAAACAGGAGAAAGGCCAAAUAUUAACACUCUUGUGAGACAAGAGUGUGAGAAAAAAAGUUGAGAGUGCUAGCAGGUGAAGUUCAGCAGCAGGGGAGAGUCAUGAGGCGACAGACUCUAAAGUCACUGUGCUUUUUGGUAUUUACUCUCCUCUGUUUGGGAACCCUGCUCAUCACUCUCAUCAGGUCCAAGGUUGACAACAACAACGUGACGUCCCACAGACCGCCUCGCCACAAGAAAAGCCACCCUUCACCCAUUGAACUCUGUAAACGCUGCGAGAAGGCCAUUGAAAAAGUAAAAGAGAUUUAUCCUAAAACCUGGAAGAAGCAGGAGUACAAUUACCAGAAAUUCAGAUUACAGCUGAGCUCUGAGUGCAAUGGUUUUGACAAGGCCAUCAUUACUCAGGCCAACACUCCGGUGGGAUCCAAGAUUGUGUAUGACGGGGAAAAGAGGAGAUCCCUCAACGUGACGUCGUGGAUUUUCAGCAUCUUCGCAAAGGAGCAUCCUUUUCAAAACAAAACACGGGACACGUGUGCUGUUGUUGGAAAUGGAGGGAUCCUGAGCGACAGCAGCUGUGGAAAGAUGAUCGAUUCAGCUCAGUUUGUUAUCAGGUGCAACCUACCUCCUUUGAAAAACUAUGAGGAAGAUGUGGGCAUCAAGACUGACCUUGUGACAGCAAACCCAACAAUCCUCAAAAAGAAGUACGGGGCUCUAAAUGGGUAUCGACGACCGUUUGUGGAGAGUCUGCGUACCUACGGCAACUCACUGCUGCUCCUUCCCGCCUUCUCUUUUGGCUUCUCCACUUCUGUGUGCCUACGGACUGCCUACACAACUUCGGACUUUGGAAGCCCCAUACGGUCUGUCUUCUUCAACCCUGAUUACCUCCAGUGUCUAACCCGCUUCUGGCGCGCCCAACGCCUAAGAGAAGCACGGCUCAGUAGCGGACUAAUGAUGGUUAGCCUUGCACUGGAACUCUGUACCAACGUGCAUCUGUACGGGUUCUGGCCCUUUAGCAAUCACCCACAUGGACACUAUGCGCUGACUAACCACUACUAUGAUGACAAAAAAGCUAGCGGAUUCCAUUCAAUGCCGGCUGAGUUUGACCUCUUGUUGCAGCUGCACAGUCAGGGGGUGCUCAGGCUUCAUCUGGGAGACUGCAAAUCAGGUGAAAAGUAGUUCCCAGUACAAGGGUCAGCUGACUGGACAAGAACAAAUUGUUGUAGCCCAUUCACUCAUUUAGUCUUUCACAUACUUUUGCAUUAGAAGUCAACUGAUUCAUCGGUUUGGCCACGAUGUGUUAGAACAAGCAAAAAGAAGCUUGAUCAGUGGGUACAGCUCCAGAGAAAGCAGGUCUAAGGGUGUUUCAUUUCAUUGGUGGGGACACCAUUUCAGCAGGGUGUCUGGGGAUCCUCCCACAGGAAACUUGAUACUUCAUUUCCAGCAUCCUGGUGAUGUUUUUAUGCAAAAAUUUUUGGUGGAAAUGUCUUUAUUUAUGUAAAAUAAAAUACAAAAUUCAAGCACCAUAUUGACAAUUGAAAAUAAAAUGGAAUAUAAUGCAAUAAGGCUCUCAGGUAUUCUGUGUUGCUCUCAUAUAUUUAUUCUCCCACAGAUCAACCUUGUAACCGCUCACCAGGAAGACAUCUUCUGACAACUUAUAACGGCUAUAACAUCACAUGCAACACAUUCUCUUGAUAGUCUUAGAUCACUACAACAGUAAAGCGUUGGCGAAAAACAAAUAGUAAUCAUUCUUUCUGCUGGUUUUGGGUGCAUUGUUAAAUACUUUAAUAACAUUUGGUUAAAAAUUAGAUGAUGCUGUGCUGUGCAUACAGUCCAAAUUACAGCAAGUUAUCAAAUGUCACUCUGGGCUCACUGUUAAACCGAACUGAAUGCCAUUUUAAAUGUGAUAUCUAGUGUCCAAAGAAUGUCUGUCAAUUUUGGCUACAUGUAAAUGAAGAUUUGUUGAGAUAUAGUUAAUUAAUUUAGCAUAUUCUUAAAAAUAUAGUGUGACAGACUUCUGAAUAAACUAAAGGUUGCAGGGUAGCAAACUUGUCAGAAUUCUGUGUAUGUGCAGAAAAAAUUCAGGUCUUUCGAACAUACUAGUGAUUUAUUAUGAUUUGUUUUGUUUGGAAUGUGAAAUGUCUAAACAUUUAGAUUAACUGUAUUAAGCCACGCCCUCUAAGCAAUCAUUUUCCCUUUUCCCAAAUGCAGAAUCUUUAUACUAUUUAGUUUUGAUGUGUACGUCCAUUAAAAAACAAAGAUGUAGUAUACAAAGAUGCAUGUUGAAUAAGUAAGAGUGGGUGUGGUGUGCAUACAUAUGAAUAAGUGUUUAUACCUGACUGCUAUCUGUAAACUGACUGAGCUGUUGAGAAAAGUAAGGGUGUGGAUAUAUGUUUGUAUGUAUACUGUACUGUUGAUUCUGCUGUCUCAUGUAACACUCAGAUCCUCCCCUUGUUAUAUGUUGUGUGCCCAGUUGGCACAUGUGUGUUUUGCUUACUGAAAGAAAAAUGAAAAAUAUGA